UAUAUCAUUGCUUGAAGCCCUCUAGACAUCCUUCAUCCCCCCAUCCAUUCCAACAGUCCUGGACCCUCAAAAUUCGUUCAUCCAACUGCCAUCAUGAAGUUCACAUACGCACUCUCUAUUGUUGCACUAUGUGCCAGUGUCUCCUUUGCGGCUCCAGCACCGGUGGCACCAUUGCCAGAUUAUGACCUCGCCAAACGUGAGGAAGCCAUCAAUUGGAUCAAACGCAACCCAGAGGAAGCUAUCAAUUGGAUCAAGCGUAGCCCAGAGGAGGCUAUCAACUGGAUCAAGCGUAGCCCAGAGGAGGCUAUCAAUUGGAUCAAACGAAGCCCAGAGGAGGCUAUCAACUGGAUCAAGCGAGAGCCUGAAGAGGCUAUCAAAUGGAUCUGAGUGACAGGUUACGGCAGUCCUCUUUUCCAACGGUGCUUGGAUAGUGAGUUACAUGAUCGGGAUGAGUGGAGCUUUGUGGGAAGAGUCGUGGAAAGUCGCAUGACAGACUGGACCCACAUUGGAUAGCACGUUCUCGUAAAGGAUUAAAAUACAUUCCUUCUUGGGGUCAGAACUACUUUCUUUCACCAAUUAUCCGAAAAUGCCGUUUUGCCAGUGAUUGUCAGUAUUCACCAACCAUUCCACAACUUUUUGCGUAUGCGAAACAUAAUGUCCGCUUGUUCAGAUCCGUCCAGG